AUGGAUGCAAAUCAUUCCAUUUAUGGAUUUCUGCUUUUCUUUUUCAUUGGAUUGUAUGCUUCCUUUCAAUGCUGCGCAACUGAGAUUGGUGCAAACCAGACAGCAUGGUUGUUUGUAAAUGCUUCUCAAAUUUCAGCGAAAAUGAUACCACAGACAAUGUUUGGUAUAUCGUUCGAGGAGAUUAAUCAUUCUGGUGCCGGGGGGCUGUGGGCAGAGCUUGUCAAUAACAGAGGUUUUGAAGCCGGGGGCCAGAACACUCCAUCAAAUAUUGGUCCUUGGUCCAUCCUCGGGGACGAAUCAUUGUUAAUUGUAUCGACAGAGCGUGCUUCGUGCUUUGACAGAAAUGAAGUCGCACUUCGGAUGGAGGUGCUGUGUGAUAAGGAUGGUGAUAAUAUCUGUCCAGCCGGAGGAGUUGGUGUUUAUAACCCUGGAUUCUGGGGCAUGAAUAUUGAAGGAGGAAAGAAAUAUAAAGUUACCUUUUAUGUGCGUUCGUUGAAUCCCCUCGAUAUAUCUGUUUCAUUUAUUGGUUCAAGUGGACUGCAGACACUAGCCACAGCCAACAUCAUAGCAGCUGAUGUUUCAAACUGGACAAAGGUGGAAGUUCAAUUGGAAGCAAAAGGAACAGAUUAUAAUUCAAGAUUGCAGCUCACGACGACAAAAAAGGGUGUUAUAUGGAUCGAUCAAGUAUCAGCAAUGCCUUUGGACACCCACAAGGGACAUGGUUUUCGUAAUGAUCUUUUCGACAUGAUUGCAGAUUUGAAGCCAGGAUUUAUCAGGUUCCCAGGCGGUUCUUUCGUUGAAGGAGAAUGGCUGGUGAAUGCAUUUCGAUGGAAAGAAACAGUUGGACCAUGGGAAGAGAGACCUGGACAUUUCGGUGAUGUUUGGCAAUAUUGGACUGACGAUGGACUUGGUUAUUUUGAGUAUCUUCAACUAGCAGAGGAUUUAGGCGCAUUGCCAGUUUGGGUAUUCAAUAAUGGAAUCAGUCAUAAUGAUCAAGUCGAUACUUCCGUCAUUUUGCCUUUCGUGCAAAACAUUCUUGAUGCUAUUGAGUUUGCUAGAGGAGAUGCUGCCUCUCCAUGGGGUUCUGUUCGAGCUACAAUGGGACACCCAGAACCCUUUGAUUUGAGAUACGUUGCCAUUGGGAAUCAGGAUUGUGGGAAGAAAAAUUAUCGAGGAAAUUACCUCAAGUUUUACACUGCAAUAAAAUGCGUCUAUCCUGAUAUCAAAAUAAUCUCAAACUGUGACGGGUCUUCUAAACAAUUGGAUCACCCUGCUGAUUUAUAUGAUUUUCAUGUUUAUACAGAUGCAAAAUCUAUGUUUUCAAUGGCUCACAACUUCGAUCAUACAUCGCGUAGUGGUCCAAAGGCUUUUGUGAGCGAGUAUGAUGUAACCGGACAAGAUGCGGGUAAAGGAAGUCUUUUGAAAGCACUUGCAGAAGCUGGAUUCCUUAUAGGGCUAGAGAGGAAUAGUGAUGCUGUUGAAAUGGCGAGUAACGCACCUUUGUUUGUGAAUGCCAAUGAUCGGAGGUUCAAUGCAGAUGCAAUUGUUUUUGACUCUUCACGGAGAUAUGGAACUCCUAGUUACUGGAUGCAGCAUUUCUUCAAAGACUCGAAUGGUGCAAUUCUUCUCAAUUCCACACUGCAAGCUAAUCCCUCAAAUUCUCUUAUUUCAUCUGCUAUUUCUUGGCAAAAUGCAAAGGACAACAAGGAUUAUUUGAGGAUUAAGGUUGUGAAUUUUGGGAGCAACAGAGUAACUCUUAAUAUUUCUAUUGAUGGGUUGGAAGGGAACGCCAUACAAGAAACUGGCUCUGCAAAGACUAUAUUGACAUCUACUAAUGUGAAGGAUGAAAACUCUUUCAAUCAGCCAAAAAAGGUGGCACCAGUUACAAUCCCACUAGAAAAGGCUGGCAACGACAUGGAUGUUAUACUUCCUCCAUUUUCUUUAACUUCCCUAGAUUUGUUGAGAAACUCAAACAUUGUCCAGCUGAAGCUUGGAUUCCAAAGGAAGGUUUUGUAUUUGCAACUUUCCGCACUUACUGAGAAAGGAGUAAGAGACUCGGGAUCAUCGGAAACAGUUCCGGCACCAUCAGACAAUGUCAAAACAAGACUUAACCCUGCAUCUUAUUGCAUGAGCGGACGACAGCCAUGCACCACCUGUGUGAGUAACGAAGUGAUUGCUAAACCUGGACACUAA